UUGAGUUUUCUCUCCACUUUUCUUUAUCAUACUCAGGUAUCUGGGGACUAUGGUGUCCUGAAUGCAGUAGGCAGCAAUGGAUCUAAGCAGUUUUGUAUUGUUUAUAAUCCCCAAUUCAAAAAAUUAGCUACAUCAGCAAAAGAUGCGGAGAAACUUCCGCUUCUGGACCUUACCCCCAGUCCAGGAUGUAGUGAGCCUACAGACCAAGGGCUGCUUAAAGACAAGGCAGUUAUGGUUAUGAGGGGAAACUGUACAUUCUCAGAGAAGGCCAACAUAAUACAAAAUAACCAGGGGAAAAGUGCAAUAAUUAUCAGCAAACAGAUAUUAACCACACCUGCUGGGAACACAUCAUCAGACUAUGAUACGAUCAACAUCUCAGUUGGCCUCUUAGAUUAUCAGGACUUCACUGAAAUACAGAGCCUAGGAUCUGGUAUUGCAGUGCAGCUCUAUGCCCCAGAGGAAUCUAGAGUAGACUUCAACUUGCUUCUCAUCUGGGUGCUUGCAACUGGUACUGUAAUAAUAGGCGCCUACUGGUCAGGGAAGACCAAACAUAAACAUUAUCUCAGGAAAGGUCGCAAAUCCAGUUUGCCAGAUGGCGCUAGUGAAGAUGAAGACCCUGAUGAACAAGAGACUCUUAAUGUGUCGGCAAAAUUGAUUAUUUUCUUUGUUUUUAUGAUGUGUGCCAUGCUGGUACUUCUAUACUUCUUCUAUGAUUAUCUUGUGUAUUUGAUCAUUGGAGUGUUCUGCUUGGCAACUUCCAUAUCCACUUAUAGCUGUUUCCAACCUAUUGUUGCUAGGAUACCAUGUAUACAAUGCAGGAUACCAGAGAACAAUAUACCCUUACUCAAAGAACGACCAAAAGUUAGCAAUCUGUUUCUGGGACUGUGUUGUAUUGGACUCUCAGUAUGGUGGGGGAUAGAGCGCAAGGCAAGUUAUGCCUGGAUUCUGCAGAAUUUCUUAGGAGUAGCAUUCUGUACAAAUAUGAUGAAGACUAUACGGAUGCCUAAUCUUAUGGGCUGUACCAUUCUGCUCGGCCUCCUAUUCUUCUAUGAUAUAUUCUUUGUCUUUAUCACCCCCCUCUUCACAAAGCAUGGUGAGAGUAUAAUGGUAGAUGUUGCAACUGGGGCAGGUGGAACUAGCGGAGAACAGCUACCUAUGGUGUUGAAAGUGCCAAAGUUUAGUGAUGCUGCAUUGAAUGUCUGUAGUCUCCCAUACUCACUGCUUGGCUUUGGGGAUAUAUUAGUACCAGGAUUGCUAGUGUCCUACUGCCACGGCUUUGAUCUCAAAGUACAAAGCAAGAAAAUCUACUACAUAACUAACUGCAUUGCUUAUGGCGUCGGCUUAGUGAUAUGUUUUGUUGCCCUGGCAUUUAUGGAGAUUGGUCAGCCAGCCUUGUUGUACCUGGUACCCUGUGGCCUCAUACCUACAUACAUCAUAGCACUCAUACGAGGGGAGUUCAAACACAUCUGGACUGGAGACAGGGCUAGAGGAAAGAAAUCUGAUUCAAACUCAACAGCUCAGCCAACAGAGGGAGACACUGGGAGUAGCACCCAUAAUGCAACGGUACAGAAUACAGACGACUCCAGAAAAAAAGACAAUGUAUCCUUAUCGAGUGAUGAAAGUGAUGGUGAAAGUGCACAUCUGAUAAAAGAUAAAUAA